AUGAGUCCAAGUGUGACCGGCAACUACCCCACUGUCUACAAUGUAGUCAUGAUCCCUCCAACUGUCAUUACCCUGAACAAAACAAGAGGCAUUCCUAUUGGAUUCAUCACCCGGCUAGAAGCUCGCCUUGCCGAGACGGAAGAGGCCCUCUUUCAAGUUCUCCAGUCACUUGAAAACAACCCAGAAAAUGCCCAGUCUUCACUCAAACCUCCCUCACAGCGAAAGGCUGACCGGAUAAGAGAGUGGGAUACUCUACCGCUCCAGUCCCUAGAUGAUAUAAAGACCUGGUUCCAGAGCAAAUCAGAGCCCGGUAACUCCAUUACAGCACCGUUGAGAGUUGCCCAGACGGAACUCAACUUGCCCAUGCAGAGAACGGUAGCUACCCCUGAGUUCUCGGCAUCUGUUACAGAUCCUCAAAGCUCCGAGAGGACGACGUCCCCUUUACAGGAUAUGGGUAGCGAGAAUCUAUUGGAUGCUACUUGGGAAGGUUCAUCAGAUACGACCAUGAGCAAGGCGAAGAGCCUCGAGCAGAGACACCCCAACAUGUACUUUUAG